AUGAUGGACAACAUAGUGCUGUAUUAUUUUGACGCAAGAGGUAAAGCUGAACUGAUCAGACUUAUUUUUGCAUAUUUACAAGUUAAAUAUACAGAUAUAAGAUUUGGAGUAAAUGGUGAUGCAUUUGCAGAAUUUAACAAUUUUAAAAAAGAAAAAGAAAUUCCUUUUAAUCAAGUUCCUAUAUUGGAAAUAGGAGGUUUAAUAUUAGCUCAAAGCCAAUCUAUAGUUCGAUAUUUAUCAAAAAAAUAUAAUAUUAGUGGAAAUGGCGAAUUAAAUGAAUUUUAUGCUGAUAUGAUAUUUUGUGGUGUACAAGAUAUUCAUUAUAAAUUUAAUAAUACAAAUUUAUUUAAACAAAAUGAAACUACUUUUUUAAAUGAAGAAUUACCUAAAUGGUCAGGUUAUUUUGAAAAACUUUUACAAAAAAAUAAUACUAAUUAUUUUGUAGGGGAUACUAUAACAUAUGCAGAUUUAGCAGUUUUUAAUUUAUAUUAUGAUAUUGAAUCAAAAUAUCCAAAUUGUUUAAAAAAAUUUCCAUUAUUAAAAGCCCAUACUGAACUUAUAAGUAAUAUUCCAAAUAUAAAACAUUAUAUUGCUAAUAGAAAAGAAAGCGUCUAUUAA